UAGGGGUGACAGUUCAUGGGGUGGAGGGACCCGGGUCUGAGAGGGGCCAGUCAAGGGGGGUUCCGGUCCCGGGCUUCAAGUCGAGGAGAGUGUUCAGGAUCUACCAGGAGCUGCUCACGACAAGCUCCAGAAAGGAAGAGGUUUUAUCAGAAUGUCAGCAUCACACAAGGUGAAGGUGGCUUUGAGAUAAACCUGGACCACAGGAAGCUGAAAACUCCCCAAGCCAAGCUCUUUACCGUCCCCAGUGAGGCCCUGGCCAUCGCAGUGGCCACUGAAUGGGACUCCCAGCAGGACACGAUCAAGUUCUACACCAUGCAUCUGACCACAUUGUGUAACACAUCUCUAGACAACCCAACCCAGCGAAACAAGGACCAGCUGAUCCGGGCGGCUGUGAAGUUUCUGGACACUGACACCAUCUGCUACAGGGUGGAAGAGCCAGAGACAUUAGUGGAACUUCAAAAGAACGAGUGGGAUCCAGUCAUAGAAUGGGCUGAGAAAAGAUAUGGUGUGGAGAUAGGCUCCUCCACCAGCAUAAUGGGGCCCAGCAUCCCAGCCAGGACUCGAGAGGUGCUCAUCAGCCACCUGGCAUCUUACAACACAUGGGCCCUACAAGGGAUUGAAUUUGUCGUGGCCCAGCUCAAGUCCAUGGUGCUGACAUUGGGCCUGAUUGACCUGCACCUGACAGUGGAGCAGGCCGUCCUGCUGUCACGCCUGGAGGAGGAGUACCAGAUCAAAAGCACUGAGGCAGGAGCCAUGCAGCGUCCAGGGAUAUGCAGAAUCCGGGGACUGGUCCUGGCUGCCUGAGCUGUACCACCCUGUCCUGCGGGCUUACCGAACUUCACCCAGGGGGCUCUUGCAACUGGAAAGAUACAUUUAUUUCAAAGUGAUUUUUUUUUUAGGGGGAGGAGGGGAAAGGACUGUUGAGAAGGACCCAGGACCACCGCAAUGCUGGUGGCUUGAGGAUUUGCUGCCUCAUGUCUGCGUGGGAUCAGAUCAUUCUGUCAAACACUUGCCCAGGCACAACUGACACUGUGGCUCCCUCCACCCCAGAGACAACAACAGAGAGCCCAGUCCCUGCUCAGCUGAUCGGGCAGAGAUCCUAGUUGGGCUCUCAUCCAUGCCACCAGUGAUUAUGGCGGGGAAUCCUACCCCCGUCACUCUGCCAGACCAUCGGGGGACUUACCGGUCUUCUCAAUGGCCUUGGCCAGAGCACAGACCCUGCCCUUGCAGCUGGGUGCUCGCCUGGGUGUUCAGAGCACCCAGGGAGCAUGUCUGACCCACUACCACCUACAUGUGGAACAUGGGGCUGGCUUUGUGUCCUUGACCUGGUGGAGGGAAGCAGUAGCCCGGCUUCACUGUGGGCAGUUUUGGCUGCCAAUGCCACUCACAGGCCCCCUCCCUGCAGGCUCCAGGGUCCCUCCUUGAGCACAUGCAUUCUGUUUUUCCUUUCAAAGCUGUGAAGACUUUAAAACAUGAGUUUGGUUCUAAGACUGGCAUGGGCUGACUACAAUCACUCUUUAAAGAAAUAGAGAACAAAAGGCGCUUUAAAGAAAUACAGAGGGCCUCUGUAUUGUAAGGGGUUGCAAGGGGUUAAGAUGCAACCUACAAAGCUUCUCUGCAGCCACUGCAGCACAAGUUCUAUCCCCAGCCAGGGAGCAACACACAUGGCACAGCAGACCUCUCCUGACUCACCCACUGCCCCCCUCAGCAGUGUAUUUUAGUCAAUCUGCCUGUUCUGUUCCCCAGUCUGUCUCUGGAGAGUCCUCUCACCCUCCCACAUCUCUUGCCUGUACUCCAGUUCUUGUAUGCAUAAAUAAAUAAAUCUUAAUAAAAACGAAAUA